AUGCAUUCGGCCAAAUCGGAGGCCAAAUCAGGAAAACUGGAGGCCAAAUCGAUGACGCCAUCGUUUGAGGUCGGUGUUCUACUCCACUACCGGUGGCGAAUUGUUCCUUAUCAAACCGAUGUUGUUCUUCAAUUGGAGCAAAACAAACAAGUUUUAAUCGAUGAUGUUGUCCAUGCUGCAAAUGAAGAUUAUGCUGAAAUGGCAUAUGAUUUCACAAGACUUGGAUUCCUUGCUAGAGGAACAGAUAAAUGUUACAGAAGUUGGCAAAAACAAAACUUGUUAAAGAAACUCUUCAUACAGGUCCAGUAAAACACCACUCUCAGAUUGCUUAGCAUGCAGUCAAGGGCUUUCAUUGUUGUGCAUUAUUGUCCUUUUCCACUUCAGGUAUUUCUUCCAAUUGCUAACGGAAUGGAGCCAUUAAAGAUCGUUUGUCUUGAGUCAACCCUAGCCAGUGGUUAUGUAAGUUGAUGAAUAUGAACAUAUGUUCACUUAUGAAUAUAAGUUCAAAUAUGAACAUAUAUUUAUGUUAAUGUAAAUAUGAACUUAGUGGAAUAUGUUUUGAUUUCAUGAUUCGUUGAUAUCUUCAUAAAUGAAUUUCAUCAUCCACCUUUCUGUAUGCUUAUUUUAGAUAUGAACUUAUGUUCAGAUAUGACAUAUGUUCAUAUAUGAACACGGAUUCGUAUUAUUGUAUGAAUUUUCUCUAUCUUCCCAUGUA